GAACAAAAAACAGCAGAUGGCGAGGAUUUGGAUGGCUUAUCUUCGACGUCGGCUGGGUCUGCUUUACAGGAGCAGUUAUGGACGGCGCAUGUGCAAACCAGAGGACUGCAUCGACGCGCGAUCUCUCCCAGCUACUCCACAGCAGUAUAUCGUGACGAGUAUGGCGACCCGCUUCAAUACGUUCAUUUGGAAGGGAACACGCGCGACCUCACCUGGGUGCCCAUAUGCCCCUUUAAUCGCAGCCACCCUUCUCAGGCAGAGAGUCCUGAGGCGACAAAAAGUUCACGACAGCGAACAGGAACAGUAGCUGGUGUACGACGAGGCCAGUGCGAGUACUACACGGAGGGUCAAACCAACUGCAUGUACGAACUGACACCAGAAGGCGUAAAGUAUCUGGAUCGAUUGGAAUCAAUAUUGGAAGAAACAACAUCAACGAGACUCAGCUCUUCAACAUCUACUCAGCAAACAAGCACACCAGCCAGUGACGAAGCGGGUGCUGCAAUAACAACUUCACUUUUGGAUUACGACGCUCUUUUUCGUCCCGUAGAUUUUAACAACUGCGAAAUACCGCACUUGCAUGCGUACAAUGCGUCGCGCUUCUAUCAAAGAGUAGAGCGCAUGGACACCUAUUACGGAAGACUUCGUAUGAACAGGAAUUGAUUUAGAUGCCAUUCGUACCAUUGAGUUCUCGCUCUCUACAUCAGAGCAGUUGUCGUUUUCAACAUUUGUGCCGAAUCCGCAUACAGCAACAUCCAACAACUACAAGAUCGUUGUUGCACUUUCAUUUAGAUUCCAAGGAAUUUCGCUCCACGACACCUGCCGAGCGGGCACGAAGAUCCGCUAUCCUAUCCAAAACAAUACCGGGAAGCCUUAGACUAUGUGCAUUACGGUGGCGGCACUGACACGAUGGUCCGCCAGCUCUACUUCUGUCCGGCGGACGCACCUAUCGCGCUCCUUCUGCUGCCGAAGGCGGCCUCCACCACUGGACAGAGCCUCGCUUGGAGAUACGAGUCGCCGCGCCUCAAGGCCGCGGUCUUAGACGAGUUUUUGCGGAAGCGACGCAGGAUUCGCGAACACGACCGGUAUAAGGAAGCCUAUGAGCAGACGGCAGCUGCGCUCAAGAAACAAAAGCACCAAAAACACCUCCUCCAACAAGCAAAAACUGCCAGCCUGGACGACCAACAAGCAGAGACGUCCGUCGCGCAGUACGACUUUCGCGACCGAUUGAUUGAAACCGGUGCACUCCUACGUGGAGACGAAAUUCUCAAGGUCAUGAAAGGC